AUGAAUUCCGUGGGUAACUGGUCGCUCCAGAUGCCGGGCUUCAACUUGCCACUGAAUUUCCCCCCGCAACAAAAUGUGUUUGGGUCAGGAAUAUCGGGCUUUCCGAAUGCUCUUGAUCCAAAGCAUCUUGAAUAUGGCAGCCUCGAUGCACUCGUUACUCACCGAGAGAUUAUCAUGAUGCAAAUCAUGAACAUCAUCACAGAUAAGCCUGAGUGGUCCUGCAAGGUCUUCGAUGAGCAUAUCACUGCCAAAUGGCGUGAAGAAGUCGCCAGGAGUGGACAAGAUGCCACACCCAAAAUGAUGGAUUGGAUCAUCAAAGAGCUGCAAUGGAAGGCAGGCAUCCUGGAGAAGACCGGUUUCGUGGAAGUCUUUCACUCCGGAGUCAUCAAGUCUGACACCGCCGUCUCCAAGGAGCUGCAAGAGGCCCUCAAAGAAGCAGUGGUUCCCUUCGAAAAUGUACCAGACGACCAGAGAGACUACCAUCCGGGCUCCGAUGAGAAAGUAGUCGAUCUCGUGCACCCAUCACUCUUCCCGGUGAUAUACGGUAGAACACAUGUCCUUCCAGAUCGAGUCAUUGGUCUGGAUGACUGUUUGGACAGCAUGGGAGAGGGCCAGUGGCUUCGGAGUCCGAAGGAAGACGCUUUACCCCCGCACACAUCCUCCUAUCGCAGAGAACCCCAUCCGGCGGUCUUGAGUACCAAGUUCCAGUGGCUGCCCUGCGAAGUGGAAUUGACCAAAGAUGGCGAUUGUCGUAUCCUGUCUUACAUCAACAAUGCGCACCCAGUCCACCAUCGGGCGCUCUAUGAAGUCGUUGAGAAGAUUCUCGCACAGACGGUGCCCCUUUGGGAGAAGUCCGUGGGCAAGAGACCAGGGUGGUACGAAAGAAUCGAGUUUACCGGCGUUGAGUAUGAGGAGGAUGGGGUGCCCAUGCCGGAGUACCCCGAAGAAGAUAUAGAUGAGGACCCUGAUAAGUACGAGGCCCGGUUGGAGGAAUGGUACGCGUCUCGCAAAGUCAAGCUUCCUGAGCCAGGAGAAUUCAAAGUGCCGGAGCCACUACAUGGAGAGUUCACCUUCCUGGAGCACUUUCCCGAAAGCAACUUGCAGGUUAUUGUGAAACUCGCCAACAUCGUGCUCACGCCUGAUAAGCCCGACUAUGAAGGAGGAACGUGGCAUAUCGAGGGGCAAUUGAAUGAACGGAUUGCCGCAUCAGCAAUUUACUACUACGACAGCGAGAACAUUACCCCAAGUUCACUGGCGUUCCGCCAGCGCGCUAUGGAUGAUUUUUAUGGCCUUCAGUACGAACAGGACCGCCAUGAAUUCCUCCAGCAAGUCUACGGCUUUCCUGACACCUUGGACAAUUGGAGCGAUGGCCUGAUCACGCAAGACUUGGGCAGCGUGGCCUCCAAAGAAGGGCGUCUCAUCACGUUCCCCAACACGCUCCAGCAUCGGGUCUCGCCAUUCUCUCUAGCCGAUGCGUCUAAGCCUGGUCAUCGAAAGAUUCUUGCGCUAUUCCUCGUGGAUCCCCACACGCGGAUUAUCUCUUCUGCUAAUGUUCCGCCACAGCGAGAAGACUGGCUACCUACGACGCAGAAUCUUUCUCCAGAUGCACCGAGAGAGUUGAAGAGGGACGGGGUGCCACCAAUCAGUCUGGAAGAGGCAAAGGCCUACAGAGUGGAGCUGAUGAAAGAGCGCGGGCUGAGGGCUGAGGAACAAAAUACCGCAUAUCAGGAGGGAUCUUUUAGUCUUUGCGAGCAUUAG